AGGGGAGGGGUUAGCCACGCCUUCUCAGCCCUCCCCGUGUCCUCCUAGGGGGCUGGAGCAGGCAACAGCAGAACUCUCUCUGGGCAAUUGGGUGAAGGCCCAUUGGGAGGCCUCCCCAGCGGCUGCCUUCUCCUGGGCCCCCAGGCAGGCCUCUCUGCUUCAUUUUUAGGUUUCUCCAAGUGCCUUCUGUAUCCUGUCUGCUUCUGCAUUCUUCCAGGUUUCUGGGUCUCUUCCUGGGCUGGUGGCAGUGUGUGGGUAGGUGGUGGGGCUGUGCCCAGUGGGCCCCACGGAGAUGUUUAGUGCUUGGAAUCGCCGGGACUGGCCCCCCGAGGAGCGGGCAGCUGCAGAGCUCCAGGGCUUCGCUGUGGACAAGAACUUCUUCUCUUCCCUCAAAGGCAUCCUGCUGGAAACUGAGCUGGAAGGGAGGCGGGUGCCAGCCUGUGGGGUUCCUGAGGAGGGAAGGGAAAGCCAAGGCCUGGCCAGUGCAUGUGUCCCCUUCCGGGCAAGCUCUCCACACUCGGUCCUGCAGGCUCUGACUUUCAUCAUCUUCAUCUGCUUCACGGCCUCCAUCUCCGCCUACAUGGCCGCGGCACUGCUGGAGUUCUUCAUCACGCUCACCUUCCUCUUCCUCUACGCCACCCAGUACUACCAGCGCUUCGAUCAGCUUAACUGGCCCUGUCUGGACUUUCUCCGCUGCCUCAGUGCCAUCAUCAUCUUCCUUGUGGUCUCCUUUGCUGCUGUGACCUCCCGGGAAGGGGCUGCCAUUGCUGCUUUUGUUUUUGGCAUCAUCCUGGUGUCUGUCUUUGCCUAUGAUGCCUUCAAGAUCUACCGGACUGAGAUGGCACCCAGAGCCACCCAGGCUCUCAGGCUUUAUGUAUAAUUAAUCCUCAAGACCAGUUGACUGACCUGGCCGGGGUGUAAAUGGAAGGGCACCACCUGAAGGAGGUAUAGAGGAAGCUCAACUGGGGGAGCUGGGGAGAGGGGUGCCAGGUGAAGGAAUGAGAAGAUGGUCUGGAGAAAUGUCUGGAUGGUCUUGUCAAAAAGUUCAGUGGAGGCCAGGGCUUUGCUUUGAGUAGCAGGAAGUCAGAACCAGUUGGACCCUGAACAACUAUGUGACCAGUCCUCAGUAGAAGCUCAGAGAGAGGAGAACCUUGCUCAAUGGUGAGUGCCUGUGUAUGCCCCUGUGCUUGUACAUGUCUGAGAGUGAGAAUGGACGAGCGUUGCCAUGUUUCAUCCACCUUGCAUAUCGAAUGGGCUCAGCAUUGACUUGCCCCAGAAUCCUGAGAUCUCUCAUAGAAAGGUGCUGACCCGCAGAGGCUGGGGUUAGACCCCUGGGGCUGAUAAGGGUCAUUCCCGUGAGCUAUUUCUAAGGAACUGACUACAGUAGGACCUGUCCCACAUCCUUUCCCUGCACCUCCCUUCCCAGGAAGCUCUGAGCCACUUUGGGUAUCAGCAGGAAGUUCGUUUGCAAAGAGCAGGUAUCCCAGGACAAUUUCAAUGCCUCUAGCUGCCUCAGAGAUGGGUAGGUAGGAGGGUGGCUUCAGCUUUGGCAUCAGAUUUCUGUAUCCCAGUGUCUAUAAUUGGUUCAGCCUGUUGGUGCCUUUAUUUCUUCCACUGCUAAAAUUUCUGCCCUUUUCCCUUAGGGUUGACUGAGCAGAGCUGGCACUCAUGCCAGCAGGCAGGACACCUCACUUCUCAGGGCUUGGUUUCCUCCUCUAAAGAUGUGAGGUGCUUUGCUUCCCACAACUGAUACAGAGGCUGUGGCCACCAGCCCUCUUGCUCCAGGAUGGGCUGCAGGUGGGAAGGACAAAAAGGCACAGACAGUGUCAGGUCUCACGUUUAUUGUGGGUGAGCCUCAGUCAGGUUUUGGAGGCAGCAUCACUCUUCAUCAUGCAUUUUUUGCUGAGAAAGGAAAAGAGGUUGUGAGGGGCAGUGGCAAGAGGGAGGAAGAUGUGGGGAAGAUUCGCUAGGGUUUUCAGAGGCAAAGGGAGACACCCACAGAAAGGGAAAGGUUAGGGCUGGGGAUGCAACUCAGUGGUAGAGUGCUUGCCUAGCUUGUUCAAGGCCCUGGGUUCAAUCCCAAGCACCACCAAAAAAAGCAGGUGGCAGUUAGGUUUCAGUGAUCUUGGGAUCCUUGUUGUGGGUGCUUACAGUUUAGGGGAUGAGGGGAUGGGCAUGGGCUCUCUGCAGAGAUUCCAGUCUGACUAUAGCAGCCCAAGUGAGGGACCCACCUUGGCACUGAUGUCACGGCUCUUGGCCCGAAGCUUGUUGACCUGGGACUCAGCGAUGUCAGCCCGCUCCUCUGCCUCAUCCAGCUCGUGCUGCACCUUGCGGAACUUGGACAGGUUGGUGUUGGCCUGCUCCUCCUGUGGGGAGAGGGAGGUUGUGAGGAUGAGGUGAGAUGGGGCCUGGGACAAGCUCCUUGUCCCUGAACCACUCACUCCUUACCCAAGUUCCUGCAACAACCUUUCCAAGGGUCGCCCGCACCUGGUAUUACACCCUCCUCAAACUUUUCCAGUUUUCAGAAUCCUUCACGGCCACCCAGUGCCCAGAAUGAAUGUCAUGCUGGCAUGCUCCCCUCUCCACCCCAGAAUCCAACUUCACUACACCUAUUCCAAUCAUGACAUGAUGCUUGCUGACCCCAGAACUUCCUGCACAGAUGUGCUCAUUCAUACCUCAUGUCCACAUUUUCCUGCUCACCUGAUGUCUUCCCCACUGUGUGAUGCCUAGUCAGGUUCCCUUUCAGGCCUGAUUCUAACUGCAUUGCCACCUUCCUGCCCUCAACACCGAUGGCUCCUCUCCUGUAUUAGCAUCUCCACUGCUUUCCUCUGGGCUUAUGGUGUGUGGACUAUGAGCAGCUGGUGGGCCGGUGCUGGGACACUACAUCAUGAACUCAGAGUGUCUGACACAGUUCUGAGCUCACAGGCAUAGAGAAUAAAUGUCUGAUAAAGAUUAGAGUUGAGGAGCUGGGGUUGUGGCUCAGUGGUAGAGCGCUUGCCUGGCAUGUGUGAGGCCCUGGGUUUGAUCCUCAACACCACAUUAAAAAAU